UUCAACCAUGGGUAAGAUUUCGCUGUACGGCUUGGACGCCAGUCCACCCACCCGGGCUUGCCUGCUCACCCUGAAGGCCUUGGAGCUGCCCUUCGAGUACGUCUUCGUGAAUCUACUUACUAAAGAGAACUUCGCCGAGGACUACAUGAAGAAGAAUCCCCAGCAUACGGUGCCCAUGCUGCAGGACGAUGAUGACUACAUAUGGGACUCGCAUGCAAUCAUGGCCUAUCUGGUGGGAAAGUACGCGGAGACCGACGAACUGUACCCCAAGGACCUUCUGCAGCGGGCUGUGGUCGAUCAACGAAUGCACUUCGAGUCGGGGGUCAUCUUCGAGGGCGCCCUGCGUCGUCUCACCAGGCCGGUGCUGUUCCUUGGGGGCACCACCCUGCCUCAGGCCAAUGUAGACGAAGUCAACGAGGUUUACGACUUCUUGGAAACGUUUCUGGAUAACGACUUUGUGGCCGGUGAUCACCUAACCAUUGCCGACUUCAGCAUUGUGUCGAGUAUCAGCUCGCUCGGCGUCUACUUAGAGCACGAUCCGGUGAAGUAUCCCAAGACAGCAGCCUGGCUGGAGCGCCUCAAGGAGCUGCCCUACUAUGAGGAGGCGAACGGCAGUGGAGCUACCCAGUUCAUGCAACUUAUAAAGUCCAAGAACUUCACCAUCGUGCCCUAGGGUGAACAUCGGGAGAACC